AUUUUCUUCAAACUUGGACUCUAGCCACCCUCUCACUCUCUUCCUAUUCUAAAAGGUCACAAAAACAACACAAUGGUAUCCGAAACAAUGGAAUCAAUAAUCCUCCAGCUCCACGAUAUCUCCGCCGUCAAAUUCGGGGAAUUCAAGCUGAAAUCCGGGAUCUCUUCCCCAAUCUACAUCGACCUCCGUUUAAUCGUCUCUUACCCUUCGAUUCUCCGUCAGAUUUCCCAAACGCUCGUCGGUUCCCUCCCGUCUUCCACCAAAUACGACGUCGUGUGCGGCGUGCCUUACACGGCUCUCCCUAUUGCCACGUGUAUCUCCACUGCUCAUGACGUGCCUAUGCUCAUGCGCCGUAAGGAGGUUAAGGAUUACGGUACUGCGAAGGCGAUUGAAGGCGCUUUUAAGCCAGGUCAAGCUUGUCUUAUUGUUGAGGAUUUGGUUACUAGUGGUGCUUCCGUACUUGAGACUGCUGCGCCUCUUCGUGCCGCUGGGUUAACCGUUACUGAUGCUGUCGUCAUGAUUGAUAGAGAGCAAGGAGGAAGGGAAAAUUUGGCUGAGAAUGGAAUCACAUUGCAUUCAAUGGUAAAACUGACUGAGAUGGUGAAGAUACUAAAGGAAAAGGGUAGAGUUUCAGAGGAAACAGAAAAAAUGGUGAAGAAAUUCUUAGAGGAGAACCGCAAAGUUGCGGUUCCAGUGAAGGAAACUAAGGUCAGUCUCAGAUUACCGUAUCAGGAGAGGGCAAAGAUUGCGAAAAAUCCGACAGGGAAGAAGUUGUUUGAAAUUAUGGUGCAAAAGGAGACUAACUUGUGCCUUUCUGCUGAUGUGGCCACAGCUGCGGAAUUGCUAGAUAUUGCUGACAAGGUUGGACCUGAAAUAUGCAUGUUAAAAACACAUGUUGAUAUAUUGCCUGAUUUCACUCCUGACUUCGGUUCUAAACUUAGAUCGAUUGCAGACAAACAUAACUUUUUAAUAUUUGAAGAUCGUAAGUUUGCUGACAUUGGAAAUACAGUGACGAUGCAAUAUGAAGGAGGUAUCUUUCGCAUUUUAGAUUGGGCUGAUAUAACUAAUGCACACAUUAUUUCUGGUCCUGGAAUUGUGGAUGGUCUGAAACUGAAGGGCUUGUCACGUGGUAGGGGACUGUUGCUUCUUGCUGAAAUGAGUUCUGCUGGUAACCUAGCCACGGGAGCUUACACGGCAGCAGCAGUAAAAAUUGCUGAGGAUCACUCAGAUUUUGUCAUUGGAUUCAUCUCUGUAAAUCCUGCUUCUUGGCCUAAUGGUCCAGGAAACCCAUCCCUCAUCCAUGCUACGCCUGGUGUUCAGUUGGUCAAAGGUGGAGAUGCUCUUGGCCAACUAUAUAACACUCCAUCUGCAGUAAUUGCUGAUAGGGGCAGUGAUAUCAUUAUAGUUGGCCGUGGAAUUAUAAAGGCCGCCAACCCCAUAGAGGCAGCUCGUGAAUACCGGCUUCAAGGGUGGGAUGCGUAUUUGGUUAACUGCAAGUAAGAGUCAUUUGUUGGGGCUUGUAUCAUUGUGAGCUAAAAUUGUCUUUUACAACUUUUUUUUUCCUCCUCAUUCUAGUUUACCUUUUCUCCCCCUCCAAUUUUACCUCUUCUUUAUGUAUGCCCUUUUACUGCCGAGUUGUGGCACAAGUUUAGUGUUAUCUCCAAGUAACGGAAGUAUGUCAGAACUAUAUGUGCUCCAAAAGACUAAUGCUCAACAGCUUUGUUUGCUGUUGUUCCUCUGUGUGCUGGUGCUCCAAAAGAAUAAUGCCUGGCUGCUUUUUGCUGACUCGGAGGAUUGAAUAACUUGAUACCAGAUACUUGAAGUACGUUAUUUUUACCUU